CGCCAUAUACCCUUCGGGAGGUCUGCGGUAAGGGCUCUAGCCCGGCCGCCACGGCGUUAAAUACAACAACAACAACAACAACAACAGUCUCAAGGAUAUUCUUAUCCUUCGGCUGGUGCCAAGCUGGGCUAUGAGAUUUCCUGCCCUGCCACAGAAAAUUAAGAAUUUCCGGGAUGCCGUAGCCGAAAUGCGGCAGUAUCUCGACGAAAUGAUUCGUGGCUGCAAAGACAAUCUCAGAGGCAGCAAGAAAAAGAUGCAGAAUGACAACUUACUUAGCUUUAUGGUGAAGAGGAACAUAGAUUUGGAAGUCGAAACUCGCAUAGAUGGAUUCAAGGAUGAUGGGUCUCAUGCCUUACUGACAGAGUCUGAGAUUCGAGGAAAUCUCUUUACCUACUCACUUGGAGGACAUGAGUCUUCUGCACAUACGCUUACGUUUGCGACCUAUCUCCUUGCAGCUUUUCCAGAGCAACAAGCUUGGCUUAUGGAAGAGAUCGAUGAGGUUCUUGGUGGCAGGCCAGAUUGGAAGUCACAGGAUGCUUUCAUGGAUAUUUUCCCUCGCUUGAAAAGGUGUCAAGCCGCCCUGAACGAGACACUUCGAUUGUACCCUUCGGUCACAGUCCUUCCAAAGUACACCGGGUCGAAAGCAACGACUUUGAUUGUUGGUAGCCAAGAUCAUCGCAUCCCAUCAAACACCAACGUCUUUGUCAAUAUGCCUAGCAUUCAGGUUCACCAAAUUGUAUGGGGGCCCGAUGCAAUGCACUGGAAACCUGAUCGGUGGAUCAUGACAAGCGAUCGCAUGAAGGGUCUGGACGGCGAAUAACUCAAAGCACCUCCUGAUGGCGCUUUUCUCCCGUGGAGCGAGGGGAAACGGGUUUGUCCGGGCAAAAGAUUCUCCCAGGUUGGCUUUGUUGCAGCACUUGCGACUCUUCUGUAUAAGCACAGACUUGAAGUCAUACCUAAAGUUGAAGAAAGCCUCGAAAACGCUAGGGAAAGGGUCAUGGAAGUUGUAAACGACACUUACGCCGUCAUGACUGUUCAUAUGCACAAUCCUCUCUUUGUCAAAAUUGGGGUUCUUAAGAGAAUCUAGAAAGCAAUAUAGCUUUGAUUUCAAACUAUCUAAUUUCUUUCCUUCUUGC